AUGGCACCUACCAUGAAGACGUUCGCUGCUUCGCUCUUUGCAGGCUACGCAGCCGCAAAGCAGUGUCAGACUCUCAGCAUUCCCGUCGACAUCUCCUCCAGACAGGGUCUCUUCAAGGAGGUACCCGUGGAGAGCAAUCUCGAUGCCGGCGCAUUCGCCAUUCGCUUCACCGAGUUCCAGCGCAAUUACACCGCCGAGCUCCUCACUGGCUACCAGACGCUCCAGAAGAGCAUCUCCAUCUCGGCUCAGUACUGCACACCCGACGGCGGUAGCAACGGCACUAUCCAGCUUCUCUCCCACGGAAUCGGAUUCGACAAGACUUACUGGGACCUGACCUACGACAACAGCAACUACAGCUACGUCAAUGUAGCCACUGCUUCUGGUUACAGCACCCUCGCUAUCGACCGUUUCGGCAUUGGCAACUCCACCCACGGUGACCCUUUCAACGAGGUUCAGGCCCAGGCUGAGGUCGAAGCUCUCAACGAAGUUACCAAGAAGCUUCGUGCUGGCUCUAUCUCCGAGAUCAGCUGCUCGUACGACAAGGUUAUCCAUGUCGGCCACUCCUUCGGUUCAAUUCAGUCCUACUGGUUCUCUGCUCUGUACCCCAACAACACUGACGGUGUCGUCCUCACCGGUUACUCGACUGCCGGCGAGUUCCUUCCCUACAUUGUUGCUGGCUGGAAUCUCCACAGCGCCCGUCUAAACCAGCCAUUCCGUUUCGGCAACGUUUCUGCUACAGGUGUCCAGGCUCUUGCCCAGCAGUACGGGAUCCAGGGCGACAUUGUCCCUGGCCUGACUGCCAUCCUCAACAAGGUCGGCGCCAACGUGGACACCGAUGAAGUUUGGAACUACAUUGCUUCUACCGAGGUCAAUGACCUGAUCAACGGCUACAACAGUUCCGUAUACCAGUACAACUACCCCUCUGGAUACCUCGCUUCUUCGGAUCUUACCGCCCUUCAGUACGCCUUCCUCUUCCCCGACAUGUUCGAUGUUGGCCUUGCAGUGGAGGGUGAGAAGACCAAGCAGCCCGUCACUACCGGUGAGCUCUUGACCAUUGGAAGCGCCCCCAUGAUGUCCUCAUUCACUGGACCGGUUCUGGUCGUCACUGGCGAGCACGACAUUCCAUUCUGCGGUGGUAACUGCUACGGCAGGGCCCAGAAUAUCGCCGCCGCCAACAUCCCCGCUGGUGUCAAGGCUACUUUCCCUGCUGCGUCUGCGUUCGAGGCCUACAUCCAGCCCAACACCGGUCAUGGUCUCAACUUCCACUACAACGCCACUGCCGGAUACCAGCUUAUCCAGGACUUCUUGGCCGGCAACGGUCUCGCCGCAUAA